AGCAACGAAGAUGGCAAAUAAAGAAUAAUUUCGAGGAAAGGAGGAUCGCAAGGAUGUAAAGUUUUUCAAAGAAAACACCUCUACAUAUAUGGAAUGGAAGCCAAGAUUGCUUUUAUAUCGAUUGUCGCCCCCUCUUUCUCUUCCCCUUUCUCCCUUUUUUUCCCUUCAUUUCUUCCUCCUCCCCUUCAUCUCUGCAAAUUUCUUGCGGUUCUUCUUUCGAUCGGUCUGCUCCCCUCGCAGUUCGCCGUUUCGUUCUUCACCGGGGCUAAAAGACAGAAAGGGCUGUCGGAAUGAGCAUUCAAAGUUCAAACGAUCUACAUGAUUGGAGUGCAAGAGUUGUUGAGAGAAGAACAGUAUUGGACUUCGACUUGAAUUGUCCACCUCCAGAUGAGUGCAUCGAUCCAACUGGCCCUCGUGACGAAGCAGCACAGUACUAUAAUCAUUACCAAGGACAAGCUACGGACGCUAUCGAUGAGGACAUUGCAAUAAUCUCCCCUAGGAAGUUUGCUGAGGCCAGGAAGAAUUUUCGAAGAAACCACUUUGAGAGUGGAUGUGGUGUAGUCAUGAGACGUAAUGGCAACACAGAAGUUUAUGGUGCUCUCUCAGAUGGAACAAGUUGGCCCCCUUUUACAAUUUUGUCGCCCCUUACAAUUAGCAAUAAUGUAUCCAUACAGGAAGAAACACUUCACAGCUUGGACCUUCGCCUAAGCUGUGAAAGCAGUAGUAGGGCCACUAAGGCAACUGACACUGACAUUCCUUCUACAAUUGCACUAAGUAGUAGCAUCCCAUCUACAGAUCGGACUUUGCGGUGUGCGAUCUGCAUAGAACCAUUGGUUGAAGAAACAACAACAAAAUGUGGGCACGUUUUCUGCAGGAAUUGCAUCGAAACGGCCAUAGCUACCCAGCAUAGAUGUCCCAUAUGUCGGCGUAAGCUUAGAAAACGAGAUAUUAUCCGGAUUUACCUUCCUUUUUCAAGUUAAAAACAAAAAAUGAAUACAACACAAGAAUAUUGCAUCUGUAUUCUUUUUCUGAUGAUGCUGACGACGACUAGGUUUGUAUUUGCACAAAGUUGCAUUAACAAAUAUAGAUUUCUUGAUUUCUUCUUCUUUUUCAUCUGUAUUGAAUGAAACUAUACAAAAAACUAAAAUCUCUUUGAUAUGAGGUGUUUGUAUUUGACUGAUAAGACAAACGGUCGAUUCAUUAAAAAUAGUUUAUUGAUCAGUGAAAUUAAUUAGAAGAGGGAAUGAACUGUGGCUCUCUUUGUGUUAUA